AACAACCCAUCUCUCUCCCUCUCCCUCUCUCUCUCUGGGUUGCACUUCCUUUAAAACAUAUAUAUCUAUAUUUUAAGUACAUGAGAAUAGACAAAGAGGUACAAAAACCCCUUCUUUUCAACAACAUCCUUCAUACUUCUCCAGUUCAAUAUAUAUCUCCUUCUCUUUCUUUCUUUCAAACCAGAGGAAAGUAGGACUGGCUAGAUUGAUCACCUCUACCCAAAAACCAGAAGAAGCAGAACAAGAAGAAGAAGAAGAAGCAGGAGGCAUCAAAGAAGAAGAAGAAGCAGGAGGCAUCAAAGAGAAGAAACAGAGGUUGGUGAUGAUGAUUGGUGGAAGGUUUAACUAUGGUUUGAUAGUAUUCCUGAUCCUAUUGGGUCAUUUCUUCUGUUCAGGUCUGAAGGUGAGAAUCAUAGAACAAAGCCAAGAAGACAAACAGCUACAUGUUACUACUUCAAUUUCCACAACCCAGAAAGACAUCACAACUCCAAUAACCACAGUUCCUACAAUAACUCCCACCAAUCCCACUUCAUCAACUCCAAUUAUGAACCCCACUUCCACACCAGACUCAACCUCACCAGUUACUACAAUUCCCUCUUAUAGUACCACAACAUCUUCUACUUCUGCAAGUUGGUGUGUUGCUAGCCCAAGUGCAUCACAAAUGGCAUUACAAGUUGCCUUGGAUUAUGCUUGUGGCUAUGGUGGCACUGAUUGUUCAGAGAUUCAGCUUGGUCGAAGUUGUUACAACCCGAACACUGUCCGAGACCAUGCUUCUUUUGCAUUCAAUAACUUUUAUCAGAAGAAUCCAGUUCCAAAUAGCUGCAAUUUUGGUGGCACUGCUGUCAUCACCAGUACUGAUCCAAGUACUGGGACAUGUCAAUAUCCAUCCACAAGCACAAGUUCAUCGGUUUUGAACACAACAAAUUCAAGUGGCUCAACGGUUUUCGGUGCAGUACCUUCUGGUCCUUCUACCUCCUCAGCAGCUGCUGCUGCAAAUUUGCAUAGCCUGCGAAACUUGUUCACCAUGAUGUCUCUGAUGGUGGUUCUAAUCGCUUAAAAAGGCUCAAGUGGACUUCCCAAACUACAAAUUUGGGGGAUAGAAUGUAGUAUAUAUAUGGGGAGGUACAUAUUUACAUACUAGUGUCUUGUUACAAUGAGAUACCUCAUGGAAUGGAUAUAUCAAUGAGUUUCUUAUUGAUGAGAUUGGUGAGAGACCUUAGAAAAGGAGAUAAAGCAAGGUGGGAGUGUGAUGGUUCUUGUAGAGGUAGCAAUUUAGCAGCUGCCAAACCUAAGGAAAUGUUGUAAUUACUGGGAAUAGAAAAUUUUGACAGGAACUUAUUAAUGUGCUGUGACAUAAUUGUGUGUAGUUUG